AGUUUCACACCAUAUUUUGGGUGGCAUCAUUUUUACGCGCUAAAAAGUGAAUUUUGAGUUUUGUGCUGUAAUAUGGACACAUCGAACAACGUACGCCUGCAACUUCAGCAGCAGCAGGCACGCAAAUCGAAUCAAAACAUUCAGGUCUAUGUGCGCGUUAGGCCGCUGAAUGCACGCGAGCGAUGCAUACGCUCCGCAGAGGUUGUCGAUGUGCUCAAUCCACGCGAGAUCCUCACGCCACACCCUCGACUCGAAGUUGACGAAGAAGUUUACGUUUGAUCGGAGCUUCGGC